UAGUUUUUCAUUGUUUUCACUGAAUUUGAUCUCUGUCUCUUCUGAUGAGAAGCUCCAAACCUGCUCUGACCCUCAUACCCGAAUAUUGAGACUGAACCAAAGAACACGUGAUUUCUGUCAGUUUAGAUAUCAGGUGUUUGAUUCCCACAGAGCGUUUGUUCCUGUUGUUAUUAUCAAUUAUAUUUUCUUAUUUUUCUUCUCAUGAUGAUUAUUAUUGUGAUCAUAUUCACAUUGUUAAUUCAUUCUCAGAUGAUGAUGAUGAUGAUGAUGAUGAUGAUGAUUAUUGAAACUGAGUCAGAUCUGGUCUGGUGACAUCACUGGGUUUUCCCUGAAGCUUCCCCGCGUCUCUUGAACUGUUUCAGUUUCGAUUUCAACCUGUCUCCUCCUCCUCCUCUUCCUCCUCCUCCUCCUCCUCCUCCUCGUCUACACACACACACACACUCACUCACUCGAUCUAAAGUAAAAGGGAAAGAGAACGAGGACUCGUUUAGUUAAAAGCUUUUCUCGGUCCGGAUCAAGCUGAACUGAUUUCUCUUCUGGUUCCUGUCCGAACUCGAGCCAUGUUCUCCCGCUACGUGCUGGUGAUCGUCUCUCUGGUGGAUCUCCUGUCGGACUUCAGAGUGUCCUGCUGUGAUUACAACUGUGCAAACAGAACCGUGUUCAGUCCGUCCAGACUGGUGGUGAGGCACGGUGACCCGACCUCUGCCACCUGCUCCCUGUGCCCGUCGUGCCCAGAUGACAUUUUCGAUGUGGAAAAAUCGGUUGGAUCCAACGUGAAAAAUGGAAGAACGAUCACAUGGACGGUUGAAAAAAUGAUGGAGUGGAAAACGACUCCAAAGUGUUUCUAUACUACCAAAACUAAUAUCCAGUGUUGCACUCGGCUCAACAUUACACUGUACAAGACUCCAGACCUGGUCUCCGUCAGCUUUUUGAAUCACACCGGGCCGUUGUUCGAGUCCCGUAACUACACUCUGCAGUGCGAGGUGAAGAACGUGGCUCCGAUUAGUAGUGUCCAUGUGACCUUCUUCAGAGGUCAGACAGAACUGGGCCAGAAACGACCCUUGAGUAAACCACAGGAGAAACCAUUGACUGAGGUCUUCUCUCUGAGCAUCUCCACCACUAAAGAAGAUGAUGGAGCUCAGUACUGGUGUCAAGCAAAGCUGGAGCUGGGACCUGAUGGACCACAGACCCCUCCGAUGGUUGCGUCGCAAAACGUGACCACUACUGUCCACUAUAAGCCUCAGUUGCUGGCGCCAUCACCUCCAGAUCUGAUCACCCUCACACAAGGAGAUCCUCUAGAGCUGAACUGCACGGCCGUGGGGAACCCCAGCCCCUCGUACACCUGGACAUCCCUGCCGGACGGCUUCCCCCCGUCCAACAGCAGCGUCCUCACCAUCCAGUCUGUGGAUUCUGGGCAUGAGGGGCAGUACACCUGCUCCAUCAGCAACGACGUGGGCACAAACACUGUGAUGUUCAGGGUGGCUGUCAAACCCUUCAUCCUCCCAUACAUAAUAGUUGCUGCUGUCGUGUUUAUCGCCUGCGUGAUUGGAGUAGUCUUCUAUUUCUACAAACAAGGCCGGAUGGGAAAUUACAACCUGAAAGAUGUUUUCCGUUUUCACAAACAACACGAGGCCGUACCCACUGUGGAGCUGUAGAGUGAGUCUGUGGGAAGGUGUGACAAGUGUGUGGAGAAGUCGUUUUGUGAUACGCUGCAGUGUUGGCGUCGGACUCGUGGCCUGAGUGUCAUCUCUCUCUCUCUCUGUCAUUUCCUGUCAUCUCUCUACUGACACAAAAUGCCCCAAAUGAGUUCUUCAAGGACCUGCCUGUUUCUCAGGUUUAACUCAUACUCAUGGUUAAACAUACUUCAAUUUAUACAUUUCACUACACAAACAAAAGCACAUUGUUAGACAAAAUUAUUCACAUAUUCUUUCACAUUGAAGUUAGCAGCUGUAUCUUUCUGACUUGUUUAAGUUAAGUUGAACACACACUGUAUUUUGUGCGUUACCCAUGGAAGUCAGUUUUGGUGAAAGUUUGUGCAAGAAUGAUCGUCUCUCUCUUUCCUUUUUCAGUGUAUGUACACAAGAGUUAAAUAUCCUGUGUAAAUGUGAAGCUAAGUAUUUGUGUCAAUUGUUAUAUAUUCAAAACUUUGAACUAAUACUAAUAAUGUCUUAAUUUGUGUUAGUCUAUGUUCUGUCUGGAGCAUCCAGCUCAAUUUCACAUAUACUGAAGACAUAACGCUGUCAAAUUGGGUCAACAAUUUACAUAUGUAUAUAUAUAUUUUCAAUGGUCAAUAAUUUAGACAGCAUCACUUUACCAAAUAUUACAAAAUGACACCGUGUUGUGUAAUCAAGCUCUCAUGGUGAUUUUUAACAAACAAAAUCAUAACUAAUUUCGUCCACAUACAAACUUGAGUGGUCUCUGAGGACAGUUGCCUUCUUGCUUGCACAGCCUGGAGUCUACAGUGACCUCUGAGUUAUAAAGUUGUGGGAACGAGUUAUGAAUCUGAUCUUUAAUAACAAGACCUGGCGAAACUGAACAACAAGGUUGUUUAUUCACUAUCAAUUGCAAAUGUUUCCACCACAGUGUUUCCUAAGAAUCAGUGCAGAGAGUGAGUCAGUAUAAAGCUCAUGAAUGAGAUUACAUCAUGUGUUCAAGAGAAACAUUUCAUCACCCAAGAGGCUUCCAAGCUCCAAGUUUGCAAAUUCAGAUUCAUAACUCGUGGCCAGGACUUAUUAUGUUUAAUAAAUGUCACCAGAGGGGUCGAUUGAGGUAAUAGUAAAUUAUUUUGUAUACUCCGACUGAUGUACAGCCUUGAGUCGGUUUGUCUGAUUCUGCUUUUCAAGCUUCUGUGGUCACUUCUGCUUUUUACUGUCAUUUCAGUGGUUUAGAACAACAUCCUGCCUCCUGUUGACACAUGUGCUUUUCACGUACAUGUACAUUUUGUAUUGCAGUCGUAAAACCACUUUCAACUGCAGUUUCAAGAAGGAUUGUAUGGUUUCAUUAAUGGUGAAUGUAGAGUGUGGAAGGAUGAUUUUAGCUUCUGUAAGUAAAUUAAAACAGUUCAGAUAUCUUGAUAAUAAGAAUAGAUGUGAGACCCAAGCGUGAACGUAAUCUUUAAAAAUAAGUCUGCUGCCCUAAAGUGAAGCCAAGGCUUCUUGAUCGCCACCUGGUAUCUGGCUGCAGUACUGCACCUCACUACAGACUCUGUAUUAGGGAUAUUUUUGGCUUCAUGUCUGGAUAGUGAGAGUGACUCCAUUAUCUUUAUCCAUGUUACUCAUUUCCUGAGGUUACUUAGAAUUAGUUAAAUAGUAAACCAGACAAACUACAUGUAUGUUGAAAUCAUUGUAUAAAUGUUAAUAUGUGUCAGUGAAUGUGCUGUUUUACUGUCACCGUCUUUUUUUGGACAUGCCACUGCGAAGAACUUUAUAAUUUUAUUUAGAGCUGUGCUGUCUACAAAACAUUUACUAUAAUAUGUGGAAGUUCUCACAUUGAGCAAAGCAGCGAUGUGUUAAACCUCACGGAAACUUUGUGUGACUCACAAUAACCCACAUUUCCUGUUGGUAUGUGUGGUUGUGGGGCUAUCUGAGGAGGUGAACUCUGUAUGAAUAUGAACUUCACUAAAGAAAUAAUAAGAUCUGACUGUGUGUGUUCUGUGAGCAUGAAUAAAUGGUUUCACUUCUUA